AUGAUCCUAGAGACACUUACAGCUGUGUUCUUGGGCACGUCCAUUUUAGCAGCAUCGACCGCUCGUAAUCGGGUUAGAAAUGCAGAGGCUAAAAUAGAUAAGAUCUGUGAAGCAUCCGGCGUACCUGGUGCUUCCAUCGGCGUCAUACAUCAUGGCAAGACCAUACAUACCUAUAACUAUGGAUAUAGUGAUUCGAAGAAGAGAAUUCCCACUAAUCCCGGGACCGUCUACGGCAUUGGUUCUAUCACAAAAUCUUUCAUCGCCGUAGCUAUCGCUCAGUUGGUAGAUGAGAACAAAUUGACCUGGGACACCCCUGUUAAAGAAAUACUCCCUGAGUUUAAUCAUGACAAUCCGUUCAUUACGGAAAUGAUGACUAUCACCGACAUUCUCUCUCACCGAUGCGGAUUGUCUGGUGGGGGUGCCAUGAACUUAGUUUUUGAAGGCGAUGGCGACGCACUCCUAUCAAAGGACGAACUCUUCGAGCUUGUCAACCAUUUCCCAAUCCUGUCCCCUUUCCGUCAGAGCUGGAACUACUUUGUUUGGGGCUACUCAAUGGCCGGCGCCAUUAUCGAAAAAGUGGCCGAGAAGCCCUUAAAGGAUUACUUAUUUGAUAAUAUCUUUCAACCGCUUGGAAUGAAAGUAACUUCGCUUAGUCCCAACUAUCGGAACCAAGGAGAGCUUGCUGAGCCAUUUGCUGGACUAUCUAAUGGGAGUGCAUUCCAUCUUCAUAAACUACAAGUUUUUGAGGGCACUUUUUUCGAGGCAUCCGGCGGAAUUUACUCAAGCCUGGAUGAUCUCAUGACUUGGGCUUCUGCUAUCCUCAAUUCAACUAUCGGUAAAACACCAACGAAUUCGUCAGUUAUCAAGGGUUUACCAUAUAUUCUAAGCAACCAUAUCGCCAUCGAAAAUCCAUCUAUUACGGAGCGUUCGUACGGCCUUGGCUGGGUCCGUACUCAACUUCCAGGAGUGGUUGGUCUUAUUGGCGACAACUCCGACCUUUGGGAUAUCGAUGAAAGUCCUGUGCUAGGUGUUAAAGACAAACCGCUUUUAAUGAUCUAUCACCAGGGAAGCACAGUGGGGUAUUACUCUUUCGUAGCACUUUUCCCUGAUACCAAUUCAGCCGUUGUUGUUCUCACCAAUUCCAUCGGCUUAAGUGAUGCUGCGGAUUGGAUUGCGCGAGUGGUUAUUCAAGCUCUUUUUGACUUCGAUGACGGCCAAGACUACGUCGCACUAGCGGACGAAGCAAACAAUCGCACCCUGGCUCAAUACAAACAACUUGACGAUAAGAUAGCAGAAAUGCGUACAGCUUGCUCCAACUCGAAAUCACUAGCCUCAGGAUCAUUCGUCGGGAGAUACAGAAACAAAUCGAAGCUCUUCUUUAUUGAUAUCUUAGUGCAAGCCGAUCAAAGCGAUCGUUUGUACUUGCGGUUUCAAGGCCUUGAAGAUCAGACGUACGAGCUACGUCGCCUUUGUGGGAAUAUCUUCGAAUGGAGUCUCACGCACGAUGAGACGAUGAAGAGGGGUAGAUAUAACAACUCUGAGCCGUCCUUCUUCCUGUUUAAAUUUAUACUUAGUGAUGAUGGUGAAGUUAUUUCAUUUUCUUGGGCUAAUAAUCUAGAAUUGCCUGAUCUAGAGGAAAUCUUCGAGAAAGAUAAAAAACAUAUUAUAGGAGAAGACGGGCAAAGAGAACAAAAACCAAUCCCUUAG